GGCCAUUCAGGAACCGUGACGGCCGGCGAUAAAGGACGACGACAGCUUCCAUUCAAUUUCGACACUCUUCGCCGGGAACCUCACGUUUUUGAAACCUGAACACCACUGCCCUGAAUGCCCGGUGCAUAUGGACAAGUGUUUCGGUCAACGAGUUUCCGAGAAUUAUAAACCUAAAAGUUCCUCAUAUGUGCAUCUGAUUGUCGCCAUAUCCCAGAGACGGGACAUUCAAAAGGGGGAAAGCAUCUACCCACGGUCUUCAUCAUGUCCUUCACCGACGCUCCAGUAACCAAGGCACUGGUCCUGGGCCUGGUUGGGCUCUCCAUCGCCGCCAGCAUCUUUGAUAUCAAGCACUACUUCUACAUCUCAAUCGGCACUCACUUCCUCCGCUACGGACAACUAUGGCGCAUCUUGACGUAUCAGUUAUGCUACACCAACUCAUCCGAGGUCCUCUUCGGAGCCAUGUCACUUUAUCACAUGAGAAUGGUUGAGCGGUUUUGGGGAUCCAGGAAAUAUGCCUCUUUUAUCCUCAUAGCCGGACUCUUCACAGCCAUAAUCCCACCCAUCUUCCUCACCGUCGUCCUGCGCCCCCUCUCCUUCGGCGCCCUUGACUACAUACCCGCCGGGCCGACACCGAUCCUCUUCGCCAUCCUCGCGCAGUACCACGCCAUGAUCCCGCAAAUCUACAAGUACAAGGUCGCCCUAUCCGCCAGCCCGCCAUCCAACGCCAGCGACGACACCAGCGGAGUCAUCUUCUCGGACAAGUCGACGCGCUAUCUCAUGGCUUUGCAACUGGCCCUCUUUCAGUGGCCUGGCUCUCUCCUGGGUGCGGUGAUUGGCUGGGUGGUGGGGUAUUUAUGGCGCAACGAUCUCUUGCCUGCGGCGGUGGCUCACUGGAGGGUGCCUGGGUGGGUGGUUGGUCUUCGCGCUCAGAAGAGGAACGAUAGGUUUGAUGGAAUUCGGAGGAGGUUGGAAGACGAGGGAGCUUCUACUGGAGUAGCUACGGGCGCGCAGCCGGCUGCUGAGGGCGAAGGUAAUAGGAGGAGACCGUUGGGUCAGCAACUGAUAGAUGAGGUUAGAGGGGCGUUCUGAGGACGAGGGAAGUGGGAGUAUCAGUUUGGACUUGUAACCAGAUUCCCUCCGGUCCUAUCCGCCAGGAAGCACUUCCAGUAAUACAUUGGUUCGUACUUAAGAGUUGUUGCUUUUUGAUAUUCGAGCCCCAAGCCGGUCAUGCGGAAUCCCACACUUCCACGCCAGGCAACGUAGGGUUCUGUAAGUCGAAAGCAUCAUUCACAUAUCUUUUCAUUUCAGACAUACACG